GUUUUUUAUUUCGAUUUCACAAAUUUUCGAAACUCCUGUAGACCUUUCGGCCUCAGAAAAAUGACAUCGCAAUAUAGGGUAUGUAGUGCGAAGUGUUUUGCAGUUGACCCUCUUUUAGUGUGAUUGAAGUGUUUUUUCGAUGUCGAUUUUUUUUCCUAUUUGUGAAGGUGGCCGAUUCGAAACGUGAAGAGUUUAGAAAGUAUCUGGAAAAGGCGGGAGUUAUGGAUGCUUUGACCAAAGGUGAAUUUCUAGUCGAUUUCCAGUUCAUUUUGUUCCUUUUGCUGAGUUUUUUUCCUGUGUUGGUUCGACAGUUCUUGUGAAUUUGUACGAAGAACCCGAGAAACCAGCGAAUGCAUUAGAGUAUCCUUUGUAACGUACGUAUUUGUGUUCUGUCUUUUAAACAAAAACUGUAUAUUUCAACACAGAUUGUAGUAGAAGUGCCACCUCUUAUCGAGAAGUUGUUACCUAUUAAGCUUUAGUGGUGAUGUUCGAUGCAUCACAAGUCUGAAAUGAAUUAUUGUUGAUAAGGACACCUUUGCUCGGUUUUCAUUGGCAUUUGGUAAUCAAAAGUAGGUCACAUCGUCCCAUUGCACUCACUCCAAGAUAAGGCACCCUCCAAAUGUAGUCAUGAAUUCCCAUCCCAUGCUAGAUUCGAGGUAGAUCAUAUCACCCCACUCCCAGGUGCACUCAAGUCACCCCAUGUUGGAUUGAGUGAGUUGGUUGUGUUUGCAUUCAAAAUUGACUCCAGUAAAAAAUGCUCCUGAAAAAGGAGUAAUAGUUAGAUGUUAUGAUGAAGCAACAAUGGUUUGUGUAAAAAAAUAGGCUGACUUCAGUCAGCCUGACUUGGGAUGAUAUGUCUAGACUGGGUGAGGUCCUCCAGCUUAGGGCACUGUUACCAUGUCAAUUUAACAACUUUCCAUGUCCUAAUUAUUUUUUUUCACCAACCAACCAACAAGUCAAUUAGGUUAUAGAGAAAAUUUUAUCAUUUUUUAUUGCAAUUCUAAUGUUAGUUGGGUUGAGAACUAGCCACAGGUUGUUACCAUUCUUGAACAUUCAAGGUGUGGUACAAACCUUUGAUCGUGAUUUUCCCCAUACCUAAGCACUUUAAUUUAUUAUUUUUGUUGGGCUGAGAACCAGCCACAGGCUUUUUUCAUUCUUGGUUCAUAAUUUCAAGGUGUGGCACAAACCACUGAUUGUCAUUUUCCCCAUAGCAAAGAAAUUUUCCCUAGCAGGCACAACAAGUAAUCAACAUAUUGCCCCAUGGUCUUUUUCUCUAUGAGGAUAAGUUGGUCUUAGUAUUUUACUACUAAUAAUCUUGGACCUUAAUGAUGUUGAAGCUUCAUGAAGGAUCAUCUCCAUGGAGGUCCCCCUGAAACAGCAGAUAUUGAAGCUUUGAAAAAUGAAGUCUCCGACCUAAGACAAAAGGUUGAGCAGCUGACGAUGGAAAACAAUGAUCUUAAACAAAGAGUAAGUUCAAAGACUUUUUGCAAUAAAUGGGUUAUGUGCACCACACACUAAGUUUACAGUAUAUUACUCUAAGAACCAAUUAUGCUUUCUUGGUUUCCAAGAUUUGGUCUGGUCAGUGUUUCCAUAAUGAAUAUUGGCUCUUUUUUUAAUCUUAUUGGGCUAACAAAACCUCACUGGGAUCACCAAGUUUGACAUGAAAUCAUGAAAAAAGAAACUUAAUACCACACUUCCCAUACUUGUCAUUCCUGCUGUCUUUUCCUAGAAUUUAGAGGUUCUAAUACCAAAUACAUGUUCCAAACCACAAUGCAAUCCUGCAAAUGCUGACCUUAUGCUUAUUCCAGAUGACCUGUUAGCAUCAUAACUCAUCAAGAACCUUGCCAUGGGUGAUAUAGGAGUAUGGAUGUUGUGAAAUUAAACUUAUAAGCUUUAAUUUUUCAAUCACACCUUCCCAAUUCUUCUUUCUGAAACAAACAUAAAGUUCUUUUAAUUUCAUGCUAACCUGCCUAAUUCUCCUCAAAUGUUCUGGUGAAGCUGAACAGUUUCACCUUUCAUAAUAACAAUCAUUUAAUUAUAACAGAUAACAUCCCUUUCUGAGCCUCCAAUCUCCUCUUACACUCGCAAAAGUGUUGAAAAGCGAUUAUCUUGGGCUGCGGAAACUCCUGUAAGUCUUGUCAAUGCAUUUAACAACUGCUAUCAACACUUUGGUGACCUUGUUUCAUUUGAAUUAAGCACAAUUAUUUAAAGUAACUUUUGUCUUAAAUAGCAUCAAACUAAUAUUCUGAAACAAUUAACAGAAGCAGGUAUUCUAAAUGUAAACCACUGUGUCUAUCUCUUCUUGUUAUUUACUUUAUUGAUAUCAGGUUCUUGCAGAAACAUGUAGAAGUAACUACUUUUAUCAAUAACCUUUAAAUCAUUGACAGAAAAGAAAGCAACUUUAAGAUGUUUUUAAUAAAUGAUGUGUAAAGCGUAAUACUCCUGAUAUUAUAUUUAGAGGUAGUAAAUAUUUUUUAAUAUGUUUUUAAACUCAUCUCUUGAAUACUUAAAUGUUGGUAUAAUUAAUGGAGGAUUAUUGUAAGUAUCUGCUGGAAAAUUGGAAAAUUUUAAGCCUUGGAUCAAGUGCUAUCCUAAACCCACCCAGCCAACAUAGAAAGAAAGACUCAGGAAGUUUUCAUGGCUCAUCAUUUUAAAAAUUUUCUGCGAUUCCUCAGCAAUUACAAUGAUCUUAUUGUUAUAGUAUCUCUUGCUGUUAUCAGUGAACGUUUGAAAACCACUGAGUUGGUAACAAUUUAAUAGUCUUCAACUAUUUAACUAACCAGCAAUCUUGCUAAAUGGAAAAAAUUUGUUAAAAGCUGGUAUUUAAGUGAAAGCUUUUCCAGAGAAAGAUAUGAAUGGUCAUACUUUUUUUGAUGAAAACAAUGUAACACUAAAUUAAAAGUAACUUUAAACUAGGUUCAAAGCCGUUCCAACAGCCGUAAAUCUACAAGGACCCCAGGGUCUCUUAUUCCUCAAGAGCCAAUUGUUGAACUUUCUGAAUAAAAUCUGUGAGUAAUUUAUGAUCUCUGCACCUUGUCUGAGUAAUCUCACACCUUUAAUAGGCUACACCCAUUUGAUUUGCAAGUCAUAUUACCUUACUGAGUUGUCAGUAGGAGAACAGGGGGAAGGAUGUGAUGUGUUUGAUAACAUUUGGCACAAGACUGUGUACAUAGUAGACUAGGCUAGGCGAGGAAAACGUAAAUUAGCCACCGUAAAGGGUAAAAAAGUUAACGUUUCGAGCAUUAGCCCUUCAUUAGCCCUUCCCCAAUCGCUCUGACAAAGGGCUAACACUUGAAAUGUCAGCUUUUUUACCCUUUACAGUGGCUAAUUUAUGUUUUCAACUCAGUUGUUAACACUAAAUUACCUGUUCUAUUCUCCCACUAACACAGCACCACAGUUUCUUUAGAAACUUACCCCUUUAGGCUAGGAGACAGAUUUAUCCCAGAGAUACUUGAGUUUCAAUUCAGUGAGGCACAACAGAAGUUUGGCAAGCACGUUUUGACAUUAGAAUUGUUUUGUUAUCAUGGGUAACUGACACCCUUUCCAGUGACAUAUAUUUUUACUUCUUUUUGAGAGAUUUCGCAUGUGAUGGUUGGUGACACAUGGCACUUUAGGUUGAGUUGUCUAUGGAAAUGAGGAAGGUUGUGCAUGACAAUAAUUUUUAAGGCCAAAACCAUGUCACCAAACUGUUGCCACACCUCACUCAACUGAAAAUCGUAGUCUUUCAUCGUUUUCCAGGAAAUCAUCCAUUGUAUAUUAAUAAUUUGAUAUUUAUAACACCCUAACAAACAUGUCAAAGAGAAGGAAAUGUGAGGAAGUAACCAAUAUCAAUAGUAACUACAUGCCUUCUGUUAGAAAUCAGAUCAAGAAAAAGUCUGAAAUUCAGCUCUACCUUUGAACUGUUUAUGGUGCAGUAAGGUUCCACCCAUCUUUCUAUUCCAAAAGAAAAAGGAUUUCAACCAUUGCUGAGCUUUGGCAAGAGCACAGUAAAGGACUGACUGUCAGAUUUGAUGGGCAGUUCCUUUGUUUUCAACAACUUUAUUUUAGUGGUAAUGUUGAUGUAAAUCUUUCUUUCAGUUACAGUCCUAUGAACCACAAGCCGAGGAUAAUAAUCCAGUAAGAGACUGAGAAUGUUAAAGUUAUUUAUUGAAUUAAUUUCUAAUCCUUCUCAGACAGAUGGUAUAUUUUAGGGUUAUUUCCUAGGCUUGUCUUUUGUCUGUUAGAGAAGUACACACUCAGUUGUGCUUGCACCAGCAAGCUGCCCAGAAGGCUUCCUUUUUGAAUAAUUCUACUGGUGAAAAAGUUAGCCUUUUCUGGUUAUUAAAUGUCACCAUUGCUUAAUUCAUUAAAGGAAUAUUUUGCUUGAUCUCUAACUGCUUUUUUUUCCUUGCAGGGAGAAUAAGUGAAGAAAAUAUUUACAUAGUUCAUCCUCAGUGUAGAGAGAUCCAUCUGUUUUUUUUGUGGAUUUGUAGUUCAUUUUGUCUUUUGUAAAAUAGCAACUUUGUCAUUAAAGUGGUGUGUUGUUAAGUGAAAUUAAGACUGCUAAACUUUUAAUUUACUUUGCUCCUGUGAUGAUGUUAAAGGUCCUGUUGUCAUCGAGAUUUCAUGGUCACCUCUUGAUGUCUUUCUCUACUAAUAUGUAGCUCAAAACUUUUGGGUUUGAGCUUUUGAAGAUUGCCCCCAAUUUGUCAAUUAAAAGUAAGUUCAUGCAGAUCAUCUCAAAUGUUUCACUUUCAUUUUUUUGCCCUGGCAAAUAAGCGAAGGAAGCACUUGUUUUCAG